AUGUCCGCGCUCCCCGCCGGCGCCGACAUCAAGCGGGCUCUGGAGAACAGCCCCGAGACCAACAUCGAGGAUGAGCUGCCCGACGGGCCGCCGCAGCCGCGGCCCAAGAACUACCUGCUCCUCAGCAUCCUCGCCUGCUUCUGUCCCGCCUAUCCCGUCAACAUCGUCGCCUUCGUGUUCGCCGUCAUGGCUCUGAACAGUUACAACCAAGGGGACAUAGAAGGCUCCAAGCGGCUGGGUCGCAACGCGCUCUGGGUGGCCGUGGCCUCCAUCAUCAUCGGCCUCGUCAUCAUCGGCAUCUACUGCGUGGUUCACUUCACAACGGUUCUGUUUUUCAUUGAAGUCAGUGAAGCAUCACCUCUCCUUAAUUACUGCAGUAUUAAACUUCACAAGCACUUGUGAAGUCAGCUGAUAUUAAAUAUUUACACUGAUCAGAUUUGUCCACAUGGGAAUCUUGCCACUGAUUUUGAUGAUCCCAAGAAUUGGCUGUUUUGUGAACUCCUCUUUGGUUUUUGA